ACGGGAGGUGGCCCGGCUCUCAACCUGAAGUGGCUACCCUGGGAGGAUGUUAUUAGAAGGCGCAUGAACCCUGCCAUGGUCGAAGGAGUUCGCGGAGGUGUGGACUCUAGCCGUCCUGCUGGCUUUCCCGAGGAGGAAGAACCGCCCAGAAGACGGAAGAAGGCGGGAGAUAAGCCGUCCAAAAGGAGGUCUGAUGACAGGCCUGCCCAGAGGACAUCACCUGCGCACAGGACAUCGCCAGCGCACGGACCGUCACCUGUGCAGCAGGCAUCAGCAACAGCGCGCGGACCAUCAACUGCGCCGCAAGCAUCGCGAGCACACAGAUCGUCACCUGUGCGCCACAGUUCGUCAUCGCGCAGUUUGUCACCUGUGCACCAGACGACGUCAGCGCACAGACUAUCACCUGUGCGCCAGACACCGUCGGCGACCACACCAGAAGAUGGGCGCCAAACUACAGCUCCUGCGCGCAGGCCAUCACCAGAUCGUCGUCUCUCCAGGAGCUCUGGGACUGUGACUGAAGAGCCUCAAGACACAACCCUUGUGGACCCAUCACCCGAUCUGUUUGAGUCUACAGGGUUAACAGACGAAACUUUUCUUGGGUUUGAGGACAGCCGUGCAGACGUAUCCAGCCAGACCCUUGAAAAGUCUUCCGAAACGAGGACAAGUGGAGCUCCUGGAGCAGCGGCAUCACAGGAUGGAGAAGUGGUGCCACGGACCAGCAGCGGACUAGCUUCGGGGAUUGGUUCCUACUUCAGGCCGGAUCUCCUCCUACAGGAGUCGUCAGGGGAUGACGAGGUGGAAGUGCAGGAGGCUCCAGUUGCUACAUCCCUGUCUGCCCAAAUCCAAGUGGUGGCAGACAUCCAGGAAGGUCAGAAUCCCUCAACUGUUCAGAGGGUUCACACCCUGGCAUCGGAGAUUGGGACCCGCCAGGAUACGUACACAAAUGUCGUGGGAAGCAGACUGGACAACAUUGAGAGGACAAUGGAGAAGAUGUCAAACAGUCUGCUUGAACUGCAGAAGACUCUUUCCGACAGCACGGCCACAAUACUACAGGUCAGAAUGCAAGAUCAUAGGGAGAAUAUGAACGUACUUCACAUUCUGGCCGAAUCCAUGACCCGGCUCGUGGACAACAGCUCAUGUCUGGCAGAAAGCAAUAAAAACAUGCCGGAGAGUCAUCGACACUCCUCAUCCAGCCAACAGGUCAUCGCAACCACACUGCAGAUGAUCUAUGAUAAGCUCCCAGGACCAGCUCAUCAACACGCUGGUGAUCCACCAUAUCCGCCGUCGCAAGCCACAAGGACGCCUCGUACCCUUCCUCAAGUCCCAUCACAGUACAGACAGUCACAGAUGUACCAGGGAUAUACAGGGAUGUACCCCACCCCCCAGAUGCCUCCACCACCGGCCACACAAUCUUCAGCCGCAUGGGCACAGAGGCCCAGUCAACAUACUACCCAGCCUCCCAGGACAUCCACGCCCUAUCAGGGGGAAGAAGAUAAUCCGGACAGACUUCCACCAUAAACCCGGUCGUAUUGUUUUAUUUACUUAUAAAUGUUUUUCAUGUAUCCCUUUCUUCCCCUCCCAUUAGUUUGUUUUUUUUCUUACUAUUGUUUUCUGUGUUGGGCUUCCCCACCCGUGACCGGGUACUACCAAGGAGCUUUGUGUAGGCAUACAUGCGCGGGCAUGUAUGCGGGCGCAUGUGGUAACGGAUGAAAGCUCCUUGUGGCUACAUGUAUGAUGGGCCAAAGAGCUAUUCUGAUACCACUUUUUUCUUCCAAAAAUCCUUUUUGUAAUGGUGUACAGUAGGCUUUCAUUGUGUGAAUUUACUAUUCACUAGUCUGUGUUUUUGACUUAUUCAUAGGAUUGGUGGGGAAAAAUGAAGUGGACGGCAUAAGUUCGUGUUGUGCGUACCAAGGUGAG